AUUCAAUCAAAACUGCUCUACCAUAGAAGAAUCCACGAACUUUGAAGAGGAGAAAAGCUAAAUCUGUUGCAUUUGGCUGUCAGUCCCCGUGGAAGUGUUACCUUUUCGCUCAAUCUGAUAAUUUACUGUCGAGGUUAUAAAAGAAAUUACCAUGAUGCGCCUCCGCUGCCAAACUAUGCCAGUGGGUAAAACGUCUACAAGACCCAAAAACCGGAAGAUUGCACCUGUCAACGGUGCCGAAAACAUUCCUCCAACUGGUACGGACAACCUGGAGAAAUGGGCACGUUUCAACCUUUCAAAAAACAGCAGUGAAUGUUGGGUUGACAAAUCCACGUCUAAGAUGGUUACUAAGCAGCAUCCAGGCAAGGAACAUAUUGAUAAAACUAGCAAAUCCUCUCGUCCGAAGAAGGCCGGGAUAAAGGCGACACUGAAGCUGUUAAAAAAACAUUCGAAGAUAUCGUUACACAAUCGAGAUGGCGACUCCUCCACGAUGGACGUUGACGUAAAAUCUUCAGACGAGAGGAUGGAUCAUGAAUUAUCUAACAGGUCGUCCUCUUUUUCCUCAUCCUCCUGGUCAUCGUCGACAAAACCACUUAAUGUAACUAGUACGCCCUGUGACGACUACUCGGACGAAAUUUAUCAUUAUUUACAGACGAUGGAAAUUGUAACUUGCCAACCGAUUAAUUUCUUGGAAGGUGACGGUAAUCCAAUUAACAGCUACUCGAGGGCAAUACUAAUGGAUUGGUUGGUUAAAGUCCAGUGUCACUUGGAACUACUGGACCAGACAUUGUUUUUGGCGAUGAAUUUGAUUGACAAGUUUAUAUCAGUUUCGAAGACUACUCUUGAUAAGUUGCAGUUAGUUGGGAUAACUUGUUUACUCAUCGCUUCCAAGUUAGAGGAAAGGUACCCACCAGAGAUCGCAGUUCUCUGUUACCUUACCGAUCACACGUACUCCAAGAACAUGGUCUUGCGUAUGGAAAUCAUCGUGCUCAGAAAAAUCAGAUUUGGUCUUUCUCUUCCCACAUCAACCACUUUCUUUGAUAUGCUAUCAUGCUCAGAAGACACGAGGGUGGCCCAUUUAGGGAGAUAUUUGAUGGAUUUAAGUCUUUGUACUACGGGUAUUCUUAGUUUCCCACCAUCGUUACGAGCUGCAGCAGCCUUGCGUCUAGCGCAACGAAUUUGGGAUUCUGAAUGUUGUGACGAGGGGUCAUCUUCUCUUAAUGAAUACACGGAUGAAGAUAUGACGCAAUGUAUUCAAAUGUAUGCCAGGUUAUUACUCAAAGCACCGACCGCAAAACAACAGGCUGCUCGUACUAAAUAUAGCAGUAGAUCCCGAUACAACGCCAUCAGCUUCCAUCCAAUGCUCACCGAAUCGGCAGUGGUGUAUUCAUACGCACACGAGGACGAGUAUUCGACCGUUAUAUGAACACGUAAUGUGUAAAUUUCCCUUUACCAGAAGUAACGGCGCAUGAAAACAAUUUUCUGACUGCUAUGUCGUCGAACGUUAAAUGAACUAAUUUGAAAUAGUUUUCAUAAACAAUGAUUUAUUUCAGUACUAGAACUAAUUUGAUAAUUGAGGAGAGCUUAGUAUUCGUUUAUUUUUAGUUCCAUGUUGUGAUUUAUUUAAAAACUCGAUAGCUUUGAAGUGCAGUACCAUUAACAAAUAUCGCCUUCACAUAGGGCAAUUUAACUACUUCAUAUGGUAAAUUGCUAUCUGACGAAAAUUGAAAAAAAAAAACAUUUAUUCAGAUAUUGGUGGUUUAAUAUAGUAUUGGUUAUUGAAUUUGAUGUGUUCUCUGCAGGCAGAGAAGCCUAUAUAUGUUGUACAAUGUAUUAAGUUCAACGACUGUUGUAUAUGUAUAUGUUAGCUUGAUAAACUAACCCAAUAUAAAGUAGUAAUUAUAAAAAUAUUAUUAAUUUUAAAAAAAGGAUAUUAAAAAAAUCAAAGAUUGUAAAUCUUGUGACGUAGUCAUUAAUAUUUAACUUGUAUCGAAUUAUUCAAAUAUCAACUAUUCUCGCCCGUCAGAAUCACCGACAAAAAAAAUAAGAUUCCAAAAUAAAAAUACAAUUGCUUAUAAAGUAAA